AUGUUGACCCCGGGCCCCGGUGCCACAGAGCUGGAGUAUGAGCUCCUUGUGGAUUCGGACACGCAAAGUGCCCAGGGCCACACUCAGUGGUUCUACUUUGCCAUCAGGAAUGGCCAGUUUUGCGGCACCGUGCACUUCCGCAUCCUGAAUUUGCGGAAGAAGAAAUCCUUGUACCAACAGGGUUUGCAGCCGUUUGUCUUCUCGCGGAAGAAACAUCGAACUUGGGAGUCGAAUUGCUGCCAGGAGCCCCUAGUAGCGUCCUUGCUCCUAGUAGCGAUGCCCUUUGCUCCUAGUAGCGAGGGGGGGGAGCGUGCCUCAGGUGUUGAUCGUAAGGAGGAUGAGAUCUAUUUUGCGGCUUAUCCACCCUACAGCUACAGCAUGAUGAGCAGUUUUAUCUCCUCGUUGGAGCAGGAUGCCGUUGCCAGGUGCCACUUCCGUCGGAGGGAACUCUGCCGGAGCAUCGGCCAAUUGCCGGUGCCGCUGCUCGUGGUCAGUGAGGUCGACCGAGACACGUCGAAAGAGCCUAGGAGCAAAGGGCAUCGCUACGAACGGUAUGCUGUGGUGAUCACCGCUCGGCAACACCCCGGAGAAGUCGUGGGGUCGUGGGCGGUGCAAGGGCUCCUGCGGUUUUUGUUGGGUCCCACGCCAGCGGCGAAAUGUUUACGUGAAGAGUUUGUGUUUCAUGUGAUCCCCAUGGUGAAUGUGGAUGGUGUGGUCCACGGGAACUCCCGAUGCACUUUGGCCGGAGUCGACCCUAACCGAGUUUGGCCGAGUCCUCAGAGUGCGCAGAAAGAUAAGUACCAAGUCUUUGAGAAUUGUCAAAACAUGGAGAACCUUUUAGCACCAACGGAUGCCAACGUCAGGACACCCAAGGUUGCGGAAGCAGAGGAGUGCAGCUCGACAGGUGCUGAGAAGAGCGAAGCAGGCAACCCACUGCAAGGACUGCUCACCGGUGUUAAAGAGGAGCGGAAUUUUCCCAACAGCAAGAAGAAGAUAACGGUGAAGCUCGAGAAGCUGCACAAAAGAUUGAAAGACAAAAAGGAGGUCAAGAAGGAGACAGAAAACGCGUUGCUGAAGCAUCGCUCAGGGGAGUCAAGGGCCCAACUUAUGGCACUUCAAGCCCAAUUCGAAGCCUAUGUGGCAAAUCAGGCAUUUCCAGCCGCAAUGGUGAGCUUUGGGAUGAGCGGCUUCAGGCAAGCGGUCCAGAUUGGAUUAUGUUUGCGUCCCACUGGAAUGCACUCUGGGCGUGGACUGACGAUGAAGUUCAUGCUGGACACGAAGGUGAAGACCAUGUAUGCACUGUCCUAUCUGUUCAAUGGCAGCAACCAAUGGCCAGAACAGAGUGGACCUCCGGGCUAUGAAAUCCAGUGA